AUGUCUAGUUACAAGAUUGCCGACACCGGUAACUUCAAAGAUGCGAGAUAUAGUGGUGCCUCAGAGGCUAUUGCUGAGUACCUUCAGCAUGGUCCACAUAAGACUGGGACCUAUUAUGAUAGUCAGAAAUAUUGUCAGCUGUCUGGUGUCCACUGGGAUAAUGUUAGAGGAGCCAAUAUUGAGGGUGAAGCUGCAACCAUAGUAUGGAAUGAAUACAUUUCAAGAAAGAUAGCAUUAUCUCACAAGGCAGUGGCAUAUGAGGGUGCACAGAGUACCAACCUCAUAUGGCUCUCUCCCCUCCCUUGA